GCCAAAUCUAACAAACAAUCCAAUUUCAUUUCCACCACAAUUCAUGCAAUGUCACCAUCUUCCCUUUCAUCUCUCCCAAACCAAGAACAAGAAAAACAAAAGGAAACACCCCUUCAAAGGAAAAUAGAAAAUUUUAAAACAAAAAUUUUGUGAGAGUGAAAGAGAAAAUGGGUUCAUAUACCUUCUUCUCUUCCAUUCUCUAUUUUUUCCUCCUAGCCACAUUGGUCUCAUCUUCCCAAUUCAUAUCUGAUGGCAUAUUUGGGUCUGGAGCAUCUAGUGGACGUGCCCUCCUACAAGCUAAGAAACCUUGUGGAAUUAAUUUUGAGACUCAGAACUACACAAUCCUAACAAGUCAAUGUAAAGGACCACAAUACCCUCCAAAGGUUUGCUGUGAUGCAUUCAAACAAUUUGCUUGUCCACAUGUUGAUGAGAUCAGUGACUUGACAACUGAUUGUUCUAAUGUUAUGUUUAGUUACAUAAAUCUUUAUGGAAAAUAUCCACCUGGCUUAUUUGCUAAUCAAUGCAAAGAAGGAAAAGAAGGUCUUGAUUGUGAAAAUGUUAAGAUAACUAAUACUACUAACCCUUCUAGUAGUGUUCAUGUGGCUGCUCCUCAUUCUAUGUUGAUAGUUUCAAUUGUUGGUUUCUUUGGAUUUAUUUUCCAUUUGUUCUAAAGGGUAAAAAUGUCAAGGAAAAAAAAAUCUCUUGUAUCAAAUGAGGUGCACCUUUCAUGUGUAAUGGUGGAUAAUUUUAUUUUCAGAACAAGCAAGAAAAGUAUAUUGAUUAUUAAUUAUUGAAGUUUUAUAUGUUUAUUUUGUUGUAUGUACUUGAUUAUUAUAAA